GUGAAAUAAGUCUGUGAAGGACCAGCAUGGGAAUCCUAUACUCUGAGCCCAUCUGCCAGGCGGCCUAUCAGAAUGACUUGCGUCAAGUGUGGCAGUGGGUGAGGGAAGACGGCAACUGUAUCAACGUUCAAGAUGGCUUUAAUGGAGACACCCCCCUGAUCUGCGCUUGCAGGCGAGGGCACCUGAGAAUCGUUUCCUUCCUUCUGAGAAGAAACGCUGAUGUGAACCUCAAAAACCAGAAACAGAGAACCUGCUUGCAUUAUGCUGUGAAGAAAAGAUUUACCUUCUUUGAUUAUCUACUCAUUAUCCUCUUAAUGCCUGUCCUGCUUAUUGGCUAUUUCCUCAUGGUAUCAAAGACAAAGCAGAAUGAGUCUCUUGUACGAAUGCUACUUAACGCUGGUGCCGAAGUUAAUGCUAUAGAUUGUUAUGGCUGCACUGCGCUACAUUAUGCCUGCGAAAUGAAAAACCAGACUCUCAUCCCUCUACUCCUUGAAGCCCAUGCAGACCCCAUGAUAACGAAUAAGCAUGGUGAGAGUUCCCUGGAUAUUGCACGGAGAUUAAAAUUUUCCCAGAUUGAAUUACUGCUAAGGAAAUCAUCAUAA